AUGUCAACCACAAGUCCAAUGAUGGGUCGUUCAGGUCCAACUGCUACUACAACAAAUCAUACAGAAGAUGGCAAUUUUCAGACAUGCGAUUCCCCUUCUGGUUCAUCCACUUCGGAACCUCAUGAUGAUGCCAUGAAUUUACAGCAACCUUCAUUUAUCGAUCAAUCCUUCUUUUAUAAACUGGACCAACUCUCUCCAGAUAAUCCCUUGUAUUUUAUGCAACAGCAGCAAAACCUGUUGCAACAACAACAGUUACAGCAGCAGCAGCAGCAGCAGCAGCAGCAAAUGCAACAACAGCAACAACAGCAACAACAGCUUCAUCAAGCCAUCUCUCCUUCCUUAUCUCCUCCACCUUCGUUACCAUCGCCAUCUCACACAUUGAACAGCCUUGUGGAUCCGCUCCUGCCAAAUGUAUCUACGUCCAACGACAACAACCCAACAUUUUGGUCUGGUUUCAACAAUGCUAUUCCAAACCUUGCCAAAAACUUUACAGAAUACAUUGCAGGAUAUCCCAUGGACCAGUCUCAACAGCAGCCAUCUCAACAGCAAUACAGUAACUCACAAUUGAAUGAAAUCAAAUACAAGCAAGAACAGCAACAGCCAACAGUUAUCAAUACAACAUUGCCUGGCAUGCAAAUUAGAGUCUUGGGCGUGCCUCAAACAGGUGCAAAGUCCCGUGUCGAAACACAAAUCAAAUUAUGUAUCCAAUUGGUGACAGACGAUGGCGACAAGGCGCAGUGGUGGUCUCAUCUCAAACUGCCUGAACACAUGGUAGCCAAAGACAAAUUAAAGCGACAGGUGCUGCUCUCAACAGCGCCCAAUGGAAGCAAAAUCGCCAAUGUUGCUGGAUUGGAUGCCAAUGUGAAGCCUGAAAAGAUGCUUUACCUCACUGCCCGUGUCAUUUGCGCAAGUGACCCUUCUAGAAAAGUCGUGACCUGCCUUGGUUGCAUUCAAAGAGAGCGUAAACGAUCUCAACGUAGAAAGGAGAACAAGAUCAACAAGCCUGCUGAUGAAGACAUGAUGGCGACGGACGAUAACGAGAAAUCGCUGUCCAUGGAGGAGCAAAAAGUGCUCUUGUUCAACUGCUCUGAAGUAGUCGAUUUUACCUCGGGUGAUACGAUUUUACCUACUCGCAUCACCUGCUACUGCAGACAUCACAACGAAAGGCUCGGUUUCUGUAUCUAUUUUGAAAUGCAUGACCACGCUGGUAAACAGGUUGCUACAGGCAUGUCACCGCCUAUCAUGAUUACAGACGAUCACAAGUCAAACAAGAUCAAAUCGGGUAGAAAACGUCUUCGCACAGAUGUCGAGAAGCCUACUGCUGCAGCAAGUGCUGUUGCUACUAGUCCUUUUGAUCCAAGACACAGUGCCAUCAACCCACUUGCUUACCAGCAGCAACCCCAUCUACACCAUCAGCAACUGCAACCACAACCACAACAACAACCACAACAACAACAACAACAACAACAGCAGCAGCAGCAGAGGUUCAACACACAACAGCAAUACAAUAUUCAACCUCGCCCACCUUCUGUGCCUGUCGAUGCGCGUAGUCCACAUACACCGCAUGAGUCGCCUAUGGUCACUGCGAAUAUGUCGCCGUUCAUGUCGAACGCUACUGAAAAAGCAUCUUCUCCCGCUCCUUCUACAUCUACUGCUGUUGCCGAUAGACCCUUAUUACAGCGUCUUAUUCCAAACGAAGGCCCUACGUUUGGUGGUGUUGAAGUCACUUUACUAGGCAGUGGCUUCCGUGCUGGAUUGACAUGUAUGUUUGGCGAUGUAGCUGCUUCCAGUACACAUUAUUGGUCUCCUAAUACACUGGUUUGUAUUUUACCUCCUGCUGCUGAAGCUGGCACUGUCGUGGUUUCUUUCAAAGAGCACCCACUUGUGGUGGACAGUCAAGAUGUCACUCUGUUUACCUACUAUAAUGAAAAUGACCGUGCCCUCAUGGAAUUGGCUCUGCAAGUAGUUGGCCUCAAAAUGACGGGUAAGGUGGAAGACGCUCGUGAUAUUGCUAUGCGUAUUGUUCAAGGUGGCAGUGGUGGUGGAAGCACCGGUGGUGGUAGUGGCAGCAGUGGUGGAAACCUAGACAAUCAGCAACAACAACAACAACAACAACAACAACAACAACAUUCUCAUAUGAGCUUGGAACGCCAUAUCAUUCAAGUGUUGCAAGUGAUGCGUACUUUCCGUGAUGUGGAGUCUGCCGAUGUAUCUUUGACAAGCGCACAGGGCCACACCAUGCUGCAUUUAGCUGCCAUGCUGGGGUUCUCCAAGCUGACAGAGACCUUGAUUGACCUUGGUUGUGAUGUAGAUGUCACUGAUAAGAAUGGAUAUACUGCGCUGCAUUACAGUGCUUGGUAUCAUCAUGAGCAAGUGGUACGCGUCUUGUUGGAGAAGGGCUCUGCUGAUCCAGAAAUCUCUAAUCGUUGGAACAAGAAGCCAUUGCACUUGGCCAGCAACAGCGCUAUCAAGAGUGUUCUUUGGAACCAUGUACCCUUGAUCGAAGAAGACGAUUACUCUGACUCGAUGGAGGAGGACACGUCUUCUGUCAUGAGUGCUGAUGUCGAUACUUCAUUUGCAGAGGAUGAGUCUGAUUUCGAUGAUACAAACAGCAGUGUAUGGCUUAGUGAUAUUGACAAUGAGAACGACCAUCAUCACCACCAAGCAUGGCCUCAGCAGCGUAUCUCUUCCUCGUCAUGGCUGUCUGACUCUGAAGACUCGGUAUCGUCUAUCAAUGAUGAUGAUGCUGUUGAACCCGUGUACGAGGGUCUUCGCUACCGUCGCAACAGACAAACACAGGCACCCAACACAGCGCAGACACAGCAAGUGCAGUUGUAUCAACACACCACCACGCCUACAAUUCAGUACCUGAAUCAAGGCGAAAGCACGUCUCAUUCAGCUGACGAAAUCCUUGAUGCUCAACCUGUGCACGACAUUGACCAAUCCACCGAUUACGAAGACGACGACGAUUUAGUUACACCCAAAGAAGAGAUGAGCUGGAUGCAACGCACACUGUCCCACUUUCAACAACAACCUGCGACCGACAACAAUUCUUUCCUUCAAAAUAUCAAAAACAACAUACCUGCCAAGCCUGCUGAACUCAACCUCAAGAACAUUGCCGAUCAUUUAUUACAGUUUCCUCGUCCUGCGACCAUGGUAGCCAACAUGUCGGCUUUGUUUGGUCAGGAUCAAGCUGAUAACAAACAAGAGGAACCAGCCGCUGAGCAGACAUUGGCUUGGUAUAUGGCGCUGGCUUAUGCCAUGGGCGCAAGAAGCUUGACUGAAGAGGAAGAGCAAUUACAUCAACUAGAAAAGGAGAAGCAAUCAAGCCCUUCGUCUUCAACGAGCCAACAACAGCAUGUGCAUGUGUUGGCAAAGAAGCGAAGAGAUAAGCGAUUAUUCUCAUUCUGGGUUCCCAUGUUGUGCUUAAUGGUGAUAUGGCUUAUAUUCCAAUUUGUGUCCUCUCAUCCUGGUAUGGUGGAUACCAUCAUUGGUCUUACCGGUUUCAGAAGACAAUAUCUUACCAUUCACUAA